AUGGUAUAUGUUCGUAAUUUAACGCCCAGGUCGAACAAUAAGAUGAAUAAUUCAAUGGUCGAUUUAUCUCUCUCUCGAUCAUCAUCAAAUAUGAACACAUCUCAAACAUCUGUAGAUUAUCAGACUCAAAAUGGUACUGUUGAUUUGGACAAGAUGGCCCCCGAAGACAUGACAUCGAAAGAAUACUAUCUUGAUUCAACAGCGCAUUUUGCUGUUCACGAAGAAUUACUCAAAGAUGAAAUUCGAACAAAAACAUUUCGAAAUGCCAUUAUAAAUAAUCGUCAUUUGUUCAAAGAUAAAGUUGUACUUGAUCUCGGAUGUGGUGUUGGCAUAUUUGCCUUAUUUGCAGCUAAAGCCGGUGCUAAAUUAGUUAUUGCUGUUGAAAAAUCCAAUGUUAUUGAAUACGCUAAACGAAUUAUUCGAGCAAAUCGUUUUGAUAAAGUCAUUAAAUUUGUGAAAGGAAAAAUUGAAGAAAUCGAACUACCAGAUGGUAUUCAACAAGUGGAUAUUUUAAUUGCCGAAUGGAUGGGCUAUUGUUUAUAUUAUGAUUCAAUGAUACAAAGUGUUAUACAUGCCAGAGACAAAUGGCUGAAACCCGGUGGUCUUAUAUUUCCCGAUCGUGCUACAAUGUAUUUAGUUGGAAUUGAAGAUCGUGAUUAUAAAGAAGAUAAAGUAGAAUGGUGGUCGAAUGUACAUGGAUAUAAUAUGGGCUGUUUAAAAAGUUAUGUGAUGAGAGAACCCUUAGUUGAUACCGUUGAUAAACGACAAGUUGUCACUGACCCAUGUGCAAUUAAAACAUUAGAUAUGAAUACAAUUAAAAUAGAAGAUAUUAAUGUAUUAUCUCCAUUUAAAUUACGAGGAUUUCGUGAUGAUUAUAUUCAUGCAUUUGUCUGUUAUUUUGUGGCAGAAUUUACAGCGUGUCAAACAAGUAAAGCACAUAUCUCAACUGCACCAGGAGCCGGUUAUACUCAUUGGAAACAAACCGUAUUCUACUUUCCUGAUUAUAUAACGAUUAAAAAAGAUGAAGAAAUCGACGGACAAUUUAUGUGCAAAGUCAAUUUAGAAAAUACGAAAAAGCUUGAAUUUAGCAUUGAUUUUCAAUUUAAUGGUCAGAUAUCAUCAUUAUCAAGUAAAAAUCAAUAUUAUAUGCGUGGUUAA